AUGCCUUUUCAAGUUGAGAAACUCCAACUACAAACUCUGCUCCGCGAGAGAGUGUUUGUAACAUGGGUGAAUUCAGCAGGCAAACCUUUAACGCUAGGUUCUUGCUCGCAUCGUAACAAGAAUAAUCCUGAAUUUAUUAUGGAAGCAGGCUAUGAUAUGGAAGGACAUAUUCAUAUUCACUUUUUUCUUACAGUGACUAUAAAGUUUGGUGGCAAGAAACAACCACUGGAGAUGUUGUUGGUUGUUCCGCCAAACGCCAACUUCGCAAACGCCCCAUACCUCUUACAAAACUGA